AUGCCUACUGCAAUGUCACACGCAUCCAACCAGAUGUCUGCGGUCAGUCUAAGCCCACCAUCGUGCUUUCUCAAUCAUCCACAAGCUGUGGUGACCUCCACUUGUCCGCUAUGUAAAGGACAUCCUCACCGUCAACCGACAUGCACCUUAUGUAAUUCUCAAGGCUUUGUUCAAAAGAAUUGCGACCCAUGUCUACAUUACCGAAAUACGCUGCAGAUGAAGGUACAGAUUGUCCAAGCGUAG